AUGUGGUGCUGCAGCAACUUUCCUGGUGGGCUGGACGAGUGCCUCACGCGAAUGGCCAGAAAAGGGGAAGUGAAGGUGGAUGCUGUCAAGAUUAAUCUCUUCCAUUUCGAGGCGGAUCUAGUCGCCAACGGAUGGACGGCUGGCUGCGAGGAAGAGCUCUUUUAUGCUAUCAGUGCAGACCAGACCAAUAUCGUGGCCAAUGACAUGCGAUGGCUCAACUUGGACAUGCGACGCUACAAGCGGAAGAUCAAGGCCAAAGAACAGGCAUUGCAUGAGACCAAAGUCCGUGCCAUCAAGCGUGGCGCCAAGGACCCUCGAGAAAACCUUGCAGAUUUCAAACGCUUUCUGCGGCAAAAGCACGGCGGAAGUCUGCUCAGGGCCUGGCGACAAUCACUGGUAGAAGGGGAUUCCAUGAUGCUACACAAGGGCCAGUUCUUCAAGGCUUGUGUGAAUCUCAAGUGGCGCACAGAUGUCAAGGGCCUGUGGGAGAUUCUCGACACAGACACGAGCGGAACCAUCGGCAUUGAGGAGCUAGACUUCAAGGCUGCUGAGGAGCUGGCACUCUUCCGUCAGUUCGUUAUGCAGAAGUUCGGAAAUGCCACUCGAACCUUCGCUGCGCUCGACCUGGAUGGAAACAAGAACGUCAGCGAGGUGGAGUUCUUGCAGGCACUGAAGGAGUUCGGCUACGAGCAACGGGACAAACAUUUGUUCCAUGCGCUGGACAGACACGGCAAGAAGAAGAUCAACCUAGAGGACAUCCUGUUCCUAGACAGCUGGAAGCCCAUGGAGUUCCUGCUUGCUAGCCCGAGUCUCGAGUCAGCCCAGAACUUCAAAAACAGACUUCGGGAGAAGUUCGGUACCUUUCUCCGUGCUUGGAAGAUGGUCUUGGACAUGGAUGGUAGCAACACGUGCACUUGGGAAGAGUUCCGACUUACCUGCAAAAAGAUUGGUUUCAAGCACGACAUCGCUGGAGCCUGGAGAGCGCUUGAUCAGAAAAUGGCAGGAACAAUCAACCUGUCCGACAUCGACCCAGCUUCCAGCUCCGUACUCUUGGACUUCCGAAACUGGGCGAUGGAGGAGUUUGGCAGCGUACGAGCGAUGUUCUCUGUCUUCGAUGAGGAUGGCUCCAAAUCUCUGUCUCUGAAGGAGUUCAAGAGAGCAUGCCGGAUAUAUGGGUUUCGUGGCAAUCUGAAAGGCCUCUUCAAUAUCCUCGACGGUACGGGUACUGGCACAUUGUCAGUAGACGAAGUCGUCUUCUUAGACCGCUGGGCCACGCAGACUGAAGCCGAUAUGGAGAAGGCGGCCGACUCGAUGUCGCGAUUGCCCAGCAUCAUCAAAACAGGGCAAGACAGCGUCGCAGAGGAGGUGGCGGGUCCUGGCCAAGGUCAAACUGUGGCUAAGGCCUUGGAGGCCGGUAGCUGGAAGGACGGCGACCUCCACCCGGCCUUUCGCACCUGGGCCAACUGCCGGCGACGCCGACCUGUCAAGAAGCAGGAUGGGUCCCUGCCACCCUUAGCAUCGCAGCUGGAUUUCGGCGAUGCAAGGGUCGUCCGAAGACCUGUCCUCCUUAUGGCCUACGUGCCCGAGGAGGUCGCUUGUGAGAUCCAAAGCGCCCGCCUGCCAAAGAUUCAUCGAAAGGCAGGUUUCAGAGCUGAAGGCUUGAGAACUGCCAGAUGA